AGCAUCUCGCAGGAGACUCCUUGUUCUUACGAAAUCAAAUGCUCAGUGAUGCACAGACUAACCCAUCUGCAUGCUGUGUGCCCCAGCCGGCCUGAUUCUGCAGCAGGGCUGCUCCCCUUCCAGGUACAGACCAAGACAAGAGGAGGGGGCACAAACCCUGGGGACGGGGCGUGCGGUCCCUGGGGUUCUCUCCUCCCGCCUCGCGCACCCUGUGGCUGCUGGCGCUGGGAGUUACUUUGGAGUGAGGGUGGAUUUUCUCUUCUGCAUUCAGCCUGCGUCACUCUCCCGUUCUUUAGCCGGAGUACAGUAAUCCGCUCCCCACAGCCUCCCGAGGUGCCGGCGGCGGGAUCUCGGGCAGCUCCGCUGUCCGGGUGUUACACACUCUUACUGCCUGCAGCGUCUUCAUGGCUGCGCGACGUGCGCGCGUCUCGGAGCCGGAGCGGUGGCCGCUCCCGCGCUCCCCCGGCAGCGGCUCUCAGCGGGCGCCGCCAGCCGCCCGCGCAGCCUGCGCUCCUCGCUUCUGAACAAAGUUGCCUGCUAUUGUCUCUGGAUUUGUGUUUUCCUGCCUUUGUGUCGUGGAUCAUCAAGAUUUCAUCGCUCCUCGUGAAGAGCAGUGCUGGCAAUGUUCUCCUGUACUUCUAAGGAUUGCUUUGCAAAUGUUUUAGCUCUGGAGACAUGAAGAUUAAACUGAGGCUUUUCUGCAGUGAGAAUUUCCAUUUUACUUGCCAAUAAUGCAUAGGUUACAAAUUUAAUGGCAGACCUUGAAGUAUAUAAAAAUUUAAGUCCAGAAAAAGUUGAAAGAUGCAUGAGUGUCAUGCAGUCUGGGACCCAGAUGGUGAAGCUGAAGAGUGGAACCAAAGGGCUUGUUCGGCUCUUCUACCUGGAUGAGCACAGGACCUGCAUUCGAUGGCGACCGUCCAGGAAGAGCGAGAAGGCAAAAAUUGUCAUCGAUUCCAUUUACAAAGUCACCGAAGGGCGGCAGUCCGAAAUCUUCCACCGCCACGCCGAGGGGAACUUCGACCCCAGCUGCUGCUUCACCAUUUACCACGGCAGCCACAUGGAGUCGCUGGAUCUGAUCACAUCCAACCCAGAGGAAGCUCGCACCUGGAUCACAGGACUGAAAUACUUGAUGGCUGGAAUAAGCGAUGAGGACUCGCUCGCUAAGCGACAGAGAACACACGACCACUGGGUCAAACAGACCUUUGAGGAGGCUGACAAGAACGGGGAUGGCCUGCUGAAUAUCGAGGAGAUCCACCAGCUGAUGCAUAAACUAAACGUUAACCUGCCCCGCAGGAAGGUCCGGCAGAUGUUUCAGGAAGCAGACACAGACGAGAACCAAGGAACCCUAAACUUUGAAGAGUUUUCCGUGUUUUACAAGAUGAUGUCCUUGCGUCGAGAUCUCUACUUACUGCUCUUAAGCUACAGUGACAAGAAGGAUCACCUCACUGUGGAAGAACUCGCUCAGUUUCUAAAGGUGGAACAGAAGAUGAACAAUGUGACACCGGAAUAUUGUCUUGACAUCAUACAGAAGUUUGAAGUAUCAGAAGAAAACAAGAAGCAAAAUGUUCUUGGGAUUGAAGGUUUCACCAACUUCAUGCGCAGUCCUGCGUGUGAUAUAUUUAAUCCGCUGCACUGCGAAGUGCAUCAGGACAUGGACCAGCCCCUUUGUAACUACUUCAUUGCUUCGUCUCACAACACGUACCUGACAGGAGACCAGCUGCUGUCCCAGUCCAGAGUGGAGAUGUACGCGCGGGUGCUGCAGGAUGGUUGCCGAUGUAUUGAAGUGGAUUGCUGGGACGGGCCGGAUGGAGAGCCGGUGGUGCACCACGGCUAUACUCUGACUUCUAAAAUACUCUUCCGUGAUGUGGCAGAAACCAUCAAUAAAUACGCCUUCAUCAAAAACGAGUUUCCGGUGAUACUGUCUAUUGAAAACCAUUGCAGUAUUCAACAGCAGAAGAAGAUCGCUCAGUACUUGAAGGAGAUAUUUGGUGACAAACUCGACUUGUCCUCUGUAAUCACUGGAGAUUCCAGACAGCUUCCGAGCCCUCAAAACUUGAAAGGGAAAAUCCUAGUGAAGGGUAAGAAGUUGCCACAGAGUCUUGGAGCAGAUGCUGAGGAAGGAGAAGUUUCAGAUGAGGAUAGUGCUGAUGAGAUUGAAGAUGACUGCAAAUUGAAGCCCUGCUAUAGUAAUGGUGCAACCGAGCACCAGGUGGAAUCUUUUAUAAGAACAAAACUAGAAUCUCUGAUAAAAGAAUCCCAAAUCAGGGACAAGGAAGAUCCUGACAGCUUCACUGUGAGAGCGCUGCUGAAGGCAACUCAUGAGGGUUUGAACGUUAACCUGAAACAGAACCUGGACACAAAAGAAGGUGGAAAAAAGUCUCACAGUCGAUCAUUAAUGGGCAACUUCGGUAAACACAAAAAAGCUGUGAAGGCGACAUCCAAAUACCACAGCGCGUCGGAUGAUGAAGAAAACCAGCACAACCCCCCUGGGAGGGAAACGGGGCAGCUCCACAGCAGGCUGGCUCGUCGAAGGAAGACGGUGAAGCUGUGCCGAGCCCUGUCUGACCUGGUGGUGUACACCAACUCUGUGGCCGCGCAGGACAUCGUGGAUGACGGAUCGACAGGGAACGUGCUGUCGUUCAGUGAAACGAGAGCCCACCAGGCCGUGCAGCAGAAGGCCGAGCAGUUCAUGCUGUACAACCAGAAACAGCUGACAAGGGUCUAUCCCUCCGCUUAUCGCAUCGACUCCAGCAACUUCAAUCCUCUACCGUACUGGAACGUUGGCUGCCAGUUAGUGGCACUGAACUACCAAUCUGAGGGACGGGUGAUGCAAUUAAAUGAUGCAAAAUUUAGGGUAAAUGGCAACUGUGGUUAUGUCCUCAAACCUCAGCAGAUGUGCAAAGGCACAUUCAACCCCUACUCUGCUGAUCCGCUUCCUGCCAGUCCUAAAAAGCAGCUUAUUCUGAAAAUCAUCAGCGGACAGCAGCUGCCUAAGCCUCCCGAUUCCAUGUUAGGAGACCGAGGAGAGAUAAUAGAUCCCUUUGUUGAGGUGGAAGUUAUCGGGUUACCUGUUGACUGCUGUAAAGAUCAAACCAGGGUGGUUGACGACAACGGGUUUAAUCCUGUCUGGGAGGAAACACUCACUUUUACCGUCCACAUGCCUGAAAUAGCUUUGGUGCGAUUUCUUGUUUGGGACCACGACCCUAUUGGGCGAGACUUUGUUGGACAACGCACUCUGGCCUUUAGCAGUCUUGUGCCUGGUUAUCGUCAUGUGUAUCUAGAAGGGCUGACAGAAGCAUCCAUAUUUGUUCAUAUAACCAUCAAUGAGAUCUAUGGCAAGUGGAGCCCUUUAAUCCUCAAUCCCAGUUACACAAUAUUGCACUUUCUAGGAGCCACAAAGAAUAAGCAGCUGAUAGGACUCAGAGGGUUGUUUAACAAGAGCUCUAAGCACAAUUCUGCUGAAACCAGCGGACACUACGUACGGAAGCGAUCUAUUGGUGAUCGAAUUCUCCGGCGCACAGCCAGUGCACCAGCAAAAGGUAGAAAGAAAAGUAAAAUGGGUUUUCUGGAAGCUACUGAAAUUAAAGACAGUGCAUCUGAACCAGUAGACUUGAAAGACAAAGGAGGAGUUGUAAGGCGUACAAGCCGGACUUUGCAAGCACGUCCUGCUUCUAUGCCCGUGGACAAAUACCUUCUUGUGGGACUGCCAUGCCCAGAAGAUGAAACUGCCCACGAUGCCAAAGGAAAAGAAAACACAUCUGCCAACAGUGAUGACAAUACAAAUGAGAAGGAAACAAACUCGAAAGAAUCUGGUUUUACACGUUCUGAGAAAACAGCAAAUACAUCAAAUUUGGCAUCUCAAUUUAAGAAGAAUGACCAGAAGGAGCCUACAGUUGACUCUGUAGUCCCACCUCUGCAGGAGCCACCUGCACUUUUAGUGUUUGCACAUGGUGUAGCUGAAACAAACCACCUCCCAGGCCAUCAGGAAAAGAAUCUUUCUGGUGAAACUCUCCCGCUGAUGCAGGGCUCCCAUUUUGACAUUUCUACAGAAAAAACAAAUGACAACAACUGUGCACACAAUAAAAAGGAAGGUGACACAAAAGGGUCUAAGGAGGAGAAAAUAACUCUUACGGGGACUUCCCUUUCUCAAAAAGUAGACAAGGGAAAUCCCGAAAAUGACACCAUCAAGAAAAGCACUGCAGCAGCUCUUGCUUUGACAGAUGUUUCUUCUACUGUUUCCUCUGAUGUUCCUGAUUUGCACUCCACUUUAACCAUGCAAGACAGUGACAUUUCUCGCCUUAUAGAUGAGGUUUCUUUAGCGAACGAGAGUGAGAUGGACAGCACUGUCUCAGCCCUGAUCGGGCAGGUUGAUGUCACAGGUGACCAAACUAAUCUCACGGCAGUCUCGAGCCUCCACGGCCAGGCCUGCGGUGUGACGGCUGCACACCCACACGUGCUCCCUGCAGGUCUCAGCAGUCCCUGUAAGCACGACUUCACCACCCCAAAACCCAUCAGAUCCCCUUUAUUCUCAACUCCAGACACCACCAUGAUCUCCAGCCCUGAGACUGCCGAGUAUUCUGCGUACACAAUUAUCCAUGAGGCCACGCUGACACCAACUCCAGAAUGCAAGACCCACAGUGAAUUAGUUUGCAACAACAAGUUAAACAAUAGAGAAAAUAACUUGCCUAGCUGUCAUUGUCCUUCAACUCUCUCUUUGCUAAAUGCAGAUCCCAAAAGAAAACGUGGAACAGGCUGGGAAGCCCCUGAGUCCACCAGUUCUUUUGCUUCCAAUAGCCUCAUUUUUGAGGAGACACUUGUUGACCCCCCCACUGGUGACAACUCGGAAAGCAGCAGUCUUGUAGAACUAGAUGGGGACUCUCGAGAGCUCUUGGUGACUGUGUGUGAGUACAAAAGGGAGGACAUGAGCCAGCUGGCUUCCCCGCUGAAACUGAGGCGCAAGCAGGACGCUGGGCUCGGUGGGGAGAGGACCUGUGGGCACAGCGCGGGCGUCGAGCUCUGUGCCGCUGCCCUGGGCUGCCCGGGCAACCUCAGCACUGCGGCCGGCCAGCUGCCUUUUCCCAUAGGUGAAAAUGUUGGCUUCUUGUGUCAUCAUCCUUCAGAUAAGCAGAAAAAUGUCAUGUGUACCUCCCAGAGGUCACAGCUCAACAUCCACUCACCCAUUCUCAAAACCACUUUGGCUUUCCCAUCGCCUUCAGCCAUCAAACAGACCAGCCCUUGCAAAUCCAAGAGUCUGGGUGACUUGACAUCAGAGGAUAUUUCCUGCAAUUUUGAAAGUAAGUAUCAAUACAUAAGUAGGAGCUUUAUCUCAUCGGGCAUGAGAGACAAGAAACUUGCUGCCAUGAAGAAUAUGAGACCACAUUCUACAGAUGCUCUGACGGAACAGCUGAGGAAGCUGGUGUCCCUGGAGCAGGAGGACAGCGGGCACGCGCGCUGCUCCCGGCAGGCGGAGGAGGACUGCCCGAGGGCGCUGGUCAGAAAGCUGUCCUCCCGAAGCCAGAGCAGGGUGCGCAACAUAGCCAGCCGUGCCAAGGAGAGGCAGGAGGCCGCCAGCAAGCACCGAGCUCCCAACACGAGCAGCGUGGCGGGGGUUGUCCUCCGCAACAAGCCUUCAGCAUCUCCCCACGUCGUCAACAGGCAUUCCACGGGCUCCUACAUCGCCAGGUACCUGAACGGCUUCGCCGGGGCGCCCGCGGAGGGCCGGGGGAUGCCGGAGGGCGCGUGUGCCGCUUUGCACUACGGCUGCGGCGACCGGUUGUGUACAGACGAUUCUGUUCUGCAGCUGGAACCCAAUAGUGAUGAUAAGCCUGAAAUUUAUUUCCUGCUGAGACUGUAGAUUGUACAAAUGUACAUCUUCAAUGUUUACAAACUCUUCUGUGGAAAUGAAGGAUUUUUAGAGAGAAAUACUGUUCAGAGGGUUUAAAUUAUUUAGAAAUGCAAUUUCAUGCUAGUGAUUCAAUCAUGAUUUAAUGUGCCCUUUUCUGUCAAAGCUUAUGUAAAUAGAAGCCAUGCUUCUCCCUUAUGGAUCUAUUACUUUGAUUUAGAAAAGACCAACUGAAGUAGUCGGGGGACUAUUUGCAUGCAGUGAGCAUUUGUAGCAUUUUGUGUUUGUAACGCGUGUUGUUUUUAAGUCGAGCACGUCUGUGCUCGCAAGCCGAACAUUGCAAGGAACGCAAAAAUAUUCUGUUUUCCUGAUAUCUUGUUCUGCUGUUUGGAAAAUCAUUUUUAGUGGUCACUUUUGGCUUUUUGUGCAAAUUCUACUGAGCGUCGUGCUUUCUGUUCCGGGCAAUUCCUUGGGAUCGGGCUGCCCAACAAGCAGCAGUCUCGGAGCACAGCCCUUCGUUAGCAUCACUGUUUUCACUCCAGCUGCUACUUAAUUGUUAAUUUUACAUGUUUCCCUGUAUGAACUAUGGUUCUACAGCAAAGAGCUUGUAGAAUUAGGGUUAGUCCAAAUUCGUGAGUGCCGUGUAGCUUCGUCUUCUGCCCGCUCUGUGAAGUACAAGGACAGUCGUCUUCCCUUUUGGUGUGAAUGCUCAUUUCAGGACAGAGUGGAAUGUGGGAGUAAUUCUGCAUUUAUGAAUGGAAAACACUGAAUUUCUGUGUAUUUUGUUAUGUAUUUUUGCUAGUGGUUGCGUGUGUAGCUUCAGUCCAGUAGCAGAUCUGUUUUCUGUAUAUUUGUAAUUCUAUUGGUAAAUCGUCGACGGUCAGUGGAAUAUUUCAAGCUGACGUGCUAGAGUAGCUAUUUUGACUGUCCACCUUCUUCUUUUUCUAUGAAUGCUAAAAGUGAAUCGAGUGAGUGAUCUCAGACAGCUGACGCCUCCCCGUAGGGAACAACAUAGCUUUAUUUUGGUCUCCAGAUAUUCUUUGCCUUUGCUGUAUGUUUUUUCUUAUAUGUAAAAGAUGUACCUUUUACCUCUUUCUUUUGUAAUGCAGAGUAUUAUUAUUCUUGAAAACAUCAUUAAAAUAGAUUUUUAAGCA